AUGUCGUCCGGGGCGCGAGUCCAGUGUCCGAUUUGUCCAAAGACGUACGGUCGCCUGGAUCAUUUACAUCGACACCUGGCAAACCAUGUGCCAUGGCGUACCUUCGUCUGCGACACCUGCAAUAAAGCAUUCAAGCGCAAGGAUGUCCUGCGUCGACAUUCGAUCAUGUGUCAUGCUCACGCUGGCAACGACGACGACCAGACAAGUGCUCCGGCGAGGGCGAGGACUAAUCGGACCGCUUGCGACCGGUGUGCCAGGUUGAAGCGAGCUUGCGAUUCGAGGCAGCCCUGCAGCAAUUGCACUGCGAAAAAGGAACUUUGCUCUUACGCCUGGUUCUGGGGUGGCCUGCCCAAAAGUGGCCCUCAACAUGCGCUGGAAGCAGGAAACGGAAGUGAAUGUAGCACACCGGCGAUUUCGGUUCCUUCUCCCCACACGGGCACACUACAAACCACCUGGUCUGAGAGACGAACACAACCACACUCUUUUCCAAAGAACUGCAGAAAGGAAACUCACCUGUCUCCGGACUCGCUCAAUCUUACGCCCGACGGAUUGGACCUGUGGUGGGCGGCCACGGAUGUAUCAUUCCAAGACAACGACUUCACAACUCUUGCUGUGGGAAGCGAUUGUGUUGGAAUCGACUAUGGCUAUGUGGAGUCCUUCAGCUUCUUCAUCCGGGCUACGAGGAAUGGCGAAGGCCUGGGCCGGACUUUUGUAGCCGACACCGAGUCAUUGAGAGAGACUCUCUCAGAGCCCUCUUUGUCUGGAAAGGAUUCGGAUGGCUUGAGCGAAAUGGAAGAAUACGGUGGUUCAUUGCCUUACAAAACCCCGUACCGGCCUCAAGGAAUGCAAAUAUUCUCAGAGACAUAUUGGGAUGAUUCAGCGGACUCUGCCUCCCCCAUCAACCCUGGCUGGUCAGCCGAACUUCCUCCCAAGUUCAUUCCCACUCCUCAAUGUGUUGUGGAUGGUUCCGAAUUUCAAGAUUCUUCCAUUCAGGGAAUGCGACCCACAGCUGCCGAAGCUGCACAUUCGGGGCGAUUCGGCACAGACUGCGAACAGAAUCAUCGCCACCUGGCAAUCAAGUCACACCAGAUUUUCACAGCGAUCAGAAGGAAGUCACUGAGUGGCGAGGGUGCGGGAUGCUUCGAGGGAACCGGAGCGGACGAUUGGUCACCAUUCGUCGAGCGUGAAUGCGUGGACUUCUUCCGUCCGGCGAAUCUGCACCGCUUCCUUCAGUAUUUCUGGACUCUCUGGUAUCCGAACUGUCCAACGAUCCACAAGCCAACCUUUGAUGCCACAACCGCCCCUCAUCAGUUACUCGCUGCAAUGGCCCUGAUUGGCGCAACCCUGUCGCCACAUGCCAAUGACAACUUCCGGGCCAAGAUGUGGUUCGAUAUCGUGGAGAAAAUCGUCUUUUCCGACGAAACAACCUACAACCUCGAGGAGGGGAGUUGCACUCCCUGUCCCCCGCACAGGCUAGAGGCCAGGCUCCGUGCCCUCCAGGCCUCUUAUGCAGUGUGCCUGUAUCAGAAUUGGGACGGUCGGAAUGCCGCCAAAGGGAGGAUCCGGAGGCAGAGAUACAGCAUGGUAAUCUCAGUUGCACGCGAUUUGAUGUGUUAUGCCAAUCAUGCCGAACUGGAUCGCUUGGAUCUGCACGGCUUCUCCUGGGAGCAAUUCCUGUUGAGAGAGGAGGUGAUUCGGUCGAUUAUGUAUGUCUUCCUACUCGACACAGCUUUCAUCAUCUUCAACAACUCCCCCCCAAGGAUGGUGCUCCGAGAAAUGACGAAUGACCUGGCUUGCCCCGAACCUUGCUUUCAAGCGUCAGCCGCAGUUGACUGCUUCCAUAAAAUUCAGCAAUGGAUUUCUCAUCCGCUAUAUAAGAAGGGCGUUCCCUUCCAUGCGGCCGUCCGCAGUUUGCGGCAAGAGACUCUUGACGAAGGCACCAAAGCGUACCUUUGCCAAUGCGGUGUCCUCAAUCUUUGGACGAUUGUGUCGUCCUUUCACAGUCUUCUUUUCAACAUUGACCCAGGCUUUGGCUCGGAAGCACAGUUCGAGACGCUGAGAAUCGCCAUAAACAACUGGAGGACCGUGUGGAAUCUACGCUCUGAAGCUGGCUUCUCGGACUGCUAUGGCACCCACGACUCCUGGACCCCUCAUUGUAUGACAGAACCUGAAAUCCCAUGGAAGAGGAUCGGAUUUUACAGGAACGCUUUCGAGUAUUGGUUGCUCGCGCGAGUGAAACUGGAAAAGCUGGAGUCCUCUCGACCAAGCACCGAGGCCGAGGAAAGCCUGUUGGGACGUGAAAAUUACCUGGGGACAGAGGUCGCUGCGAUUCUGUCCAAGUUCGAUGAGACUAGCAUGGAUCAGGUGAACGACUUGGUUACCAGCUUCCAAUCGCUAAGAAUGCAUGAAUAA